AUGCCGGCCACCGAGGGCUGGGCCAAAUCCUUCUUCACCUGUGUGCCUCACCUCAUCGUUGUCACUGUCUUCUUCUCGACUGGCGCCAUUGCCUACUUCAAACCCGUGUCAUAUUCCCUCUCGACCCUGGACCUGCUGGUCUCCGCGUUAUACACUGUGGCAAUCCACAUGGUCAAUCACACAGUUGUGACGGCAUUCCUCCUGCCGGGUUUCUCGGAGUUCUUCUAUGAUGUACCCUCCUUACUGAAGAUCUCCUGUUCAGAAAUGCACACUGUUGUUGAUGUCAGCGUGGCUAUGGGUAUCAGCUUUGGUUUCGUCUCCUUCAUCUCCAUCCUUGUCUUCUACAUUGUCAACCGGAAGACUGAUCUCAAACAACAUGACCAGUGCCAUCAAGCCCUGACAGGGAAUCUUCUCUUCAUCGCUGUCGCCGUCCUCGACCGCUGCCUCCACACCUCCAUGAACUUCUUCCUUAAGCACCUGUCCUUAUUUGAUUUCUGCUUCAUUUCUGUCACUGCCCCCAAGUCCAUCAUCAACUCCAUGUCCAACCGUAGAGAAGUCUGUUUUGAGGGCUGUGUAGCCCAGGUCUUUUUGGAGAUUCUCUUCGUUUCUUCAGAGCUGUCCAUCCACACGGCGAUGUCUUACAACAGCUACGCCGCCAUCUGCCACCCACAAGCCGAGAAGGGGAAUCUCCUCAUGGUCGUCGUCUCCACCCUUAACCAAUGCCUCCAUACCUCCAUGUGCUUCUUUCUCAGGCUCCUGUCCUUCAGUGAUCUGUGUCUCAUCUCCGUCACCAUCCCCAAAUCCAUCCUCGACGGCCUGACCGACCGUGGAGAAAUCUCCCUCCUGGGCUUUUCUGCCCUGCUCGUUUUAAUCUCCUGUUCAGAAACGCACGCUGUCAUUGACGUCAGCGGGGCUGUGGAUAUCGGCUUUGGUUUCAUCUCCUUCGUCUCCAUCGUCGUCUCCAACAUCCGCAUCUUCACGGCCGUGCUGCGGUUCCCGUCCCCCGAGAGUUGGGCCAACGCCUUUGCCAACUGUCUGCCCUACCUUGACUUCAUCACUGUUUUUUGCUCGACUGGAUCUGUUGCCUAUCUCGAGCCCGUUUCAGACUUCCCCUCGACGCUGGACCUGCUCUUGUCCAUGUUCUACUCUGAGGUGCCCCUGCCAUGA